CCACAAGCUAGCUCAACACUCGUGCCGAUGAAACCUCGUUCUACUUUCAUUUGAUCUCAGGAGAAGCAAAAUGUCCGGUGCAGCUAGAAAAAUACUGAUAGGUCAGGUAGUAGGAACUAAAAUGAUACGGACCGCAAAAGUUCGGGUUAAUAGGUUGCAUUUAGACCCAUUUGUUACCCAGUAUUUUCCCAAGCGAUCAACGGUGUUUGCUCAUGACCCUGAGGAAGCUGCCAAACUUGGGGACAUUGUUCUCGUGAAGGAGUUGCCCAUCAAGAAAUCCACCCACGUCAAGUACCAGAUGGAACGUAUCAUCUACAGCCUGGGAAAUGUGACCGAUCCCAUCACAGGCAAGAAAUGUGACUGCUACUCGUACUGGGACGACGAUAAGAGCACUGAGGAUGCGGUUUCCACUCCUGGUAGCACAGAUGGAGAUGGUAUGGAAGAAGAGAUCACAAGGACGAUUGGAGAGGAGAGAGAACUGAAAACUGAGGGCACACCUGUAUGAUCACCUUGGUGGAGUGUGAUAAACUGAAGUACAUGUACAGACAGAUGUGUAUUAGAGCCACCGGAAAUGCUUUAGCAAAUAGAAGCCUUGUGUGGAGAUGAGAGAGGAUGGUGGAUUUUGAAUUACAAUUGUUUGUGUUUGACAAGGAUUGAACAGAUUCCAGUACCUGGUGGUCUCAGAAGGAAACAAGGUCAUAUGUGAUAGUGAACCUGUGUUAUUGUUUUGGUGCAGGAGAGUGCUCAAUAAAAGAUCAUGAUUAGUUUCAUGAAAAACAAAAAUGGGCUAAGAUAUGAAAGUGUGUCAUCUGUGAUUCAUUGUUUCAGAGCGACCUAAGUAAAUAAGCUGAAGUUUAAGGAUAACAC